GAUUUUUAGCGGUUUGUCAAACAAUGGAUGAACAGACUAGAUUUGUUUUGCGCAGGAUAUUUAAAAAAAUACCGAGCAGAAAUAUCGAGGAUCUUCUGAAAAAUUGGAACUGUUUAACUGCAGAUCAGCUGCGCGCGCUGGAUUAUACGAGACCCAAAUGGACUUUAGUGGAAAACAUAAUCAGUUUCUGCGAGGAGAGAAGAUUGAACCUGAAGCAUAUAACCAAUUUGGAAAUGAUCAACCGUAUCAAAAACCCUGAUAGUGACACCUGGCAUACAUGUCAACUUGUUGAGGCACAAGAUGAUGCACUUUUUGUGGAGUUGACACAGUUUAAAGAGCAGCUUAAAGCAUACCUAGAGGGGGUUAUCAGACAUAUUUCCAUUAAGAUAAAGAAACAUGAGGAUGAGGCUUUAUGGAUUCGGAUUGCUUGGGGGGAUAACUUCAGCAAACCCAAUCACCUCAAGCCAACAUAUGUUGUUCACCAUCUGCAUACCUCUUAUGUGUUCAUCUGCAACCUCGUGGCCAAACACAAGAUCCUUCUAUAUCAGGCUUUGAUGGUAUCCACUAAACACGGGUCAAUCAAGGAUGCACACCUGAGCAACAGAAGUCUUACUGCAAUGAGGACUCUCCUACUGAGACAUUAUCAGCAGGUUUUUCCUAACAAUUACUCAAGGAUCUUAGAUGAAGGAAACACUUGUCCCUCUCAUCCCUGUAUUGAAAAAGAACAUGCUGCCCAUGAAGAAAGAAGGGAUCAGUUGGCCUCUGAAGCAUUUGGGGACAGCCCUACUCUAAAGCUGGAGACAGCUGUGUAUAGACUCGAGACGAGAUACAGGGGAAAUGUCAAGACCACCUUCAGUGACGAGGAGGAAUUAUUCAGAGGGGUUGUUAAGUUCUCAAGCACCAGUCUGCUACAGUCCUUGCGACAUUGUGUUGCUUCAGGGAUGGUUGAAGGUUCAGUUACUCCACUAUUGUCUGCCAUCACUCAGAAAGGGAGGAAUUAUUUUGUCAUCACAGAUAAAGGACCUGGUGUUUCCAGCUAAGUGUCAGUACAAAUUUUCGGAUGACAGAGGACACCGAUGUUUCAUUCACUGGGACAUACAUUAGCAUAUACUGUGCAUCCCGCAAAGUUAAAAGAAAGUAUUUGCAUGUAUUGUUCAUAGUCAUGAGAGAGGACUUGAUACCGCUGAAUUUGCUGUAAUGCUGAUUGAGCAGCACAAUAUAAUGUUUUUAGUUUAAUCUAAUAUGUUUAUUAGCAUUUUUUAUCUUGUUACUUUAAAAAUUAUUUUAAAUAAAGUAUUUGAUCAUUUUAUAAAAAACAUACUGUGUAAUUCCUAGGUUGUUGCUUGUUCUGUACUCUUUGAUUGUGUUAGUACAAAUUGUUAAUUUCUAGACCAAUUUAAUGUUAUUAUUAUUGAAUUAUUAAUCUUUUUACCAGAAAAUAUUUUUAAAGGUUUAAAAUGUAUGUAACCUUUAACCAAGUUUAUUCACAACAACCAGAUAAUUUGCUUACAUACAGACAUGGGGGGAAUUGAUAUUAAAAAAUAUUUUAAUAUUUUUGUACUUAUUCUAUUAUAUAUUCUUUUUUUACUUUUUUAACUUGCUGAAAUACAUGUAGAACAUUCAUAUUGUUGUUUAUACAUAUACUGUAUAUAUGAACUUGUCUUUG